AUGGCCACAAGAGGGGAAAAUGAGCUUGUCGAAGUCAUGUCCUCUCACAGUGAGCUCAAUGACUCUGAAGCACGAGAGUCAAUCUCUGAGCACUCCGAGGAAGAUAUUUCGGAGACGAGUGAAGACCGCGCAUUCGUGGUGUCAGACGGAGAGGAAUCCGCCUAUUCAAACGGAUCCUCUGCGUCUUCCAACUACAGCCAGCAUUGCCACAUGCAUUCCAAUGACUCUUUUGGUUUCAAUGGCCAGAAAGUACCGAUAAGCAUAGUUACCAAACGUGUUAUUCAACAGAAUGAGACGUAUGGUAGAACAUGGGCAGCGAUAGCAGCCAGCGGUACCAGUGACCCGCAACCAAGCCUCCAACGACCCGAAAAGGACCGAAACUGCGUCCGCAUUAGCACACAGAGAUCAUUGGUGGACCCGAGAGACAAUGAGAAUAGCGAAGGGAACGCUUUCGGGCGAUACCUCUCUACCGAGUCUGCUAACACCUAUAUCCGUUCAGCGCUGUUAAGCGCACCUUCGACUCAGGAUGCCGAAGUAGCCGGCAUUGGUACCACUAAAACGGGAUACUUAAUUCGCUUCAAAGACUCAGGGUCGGCCGAAGCAGCCCGCAACAACACUGAAUGGUUGAAUGAGCUAGGAAACAACACAAAGCUGGUCAAGCCGCGGUUCGGCAUCGUCGUACACCGCACCCCGACAGAGAACUUCGACCUAGAGAAUGCGAACUCUCAAGCCAUUCAAAGAAUUAUGGAAGAAAACGACCUAGCCGACAAAGGCUUCCAAAUCGAAGAGUUGGCAUGGCUUAAGCGGAAAGAUAAAGUUCUGGGGAAGUUUGCGUCGCUUGGUAUCUGGUUUGACUCUGCAGAAGGAGCCGAAUACAUCCUCAACAAUGGUCUUCUUGUUGGACAAAGAUAUAUCGGUAGCCAUGGUCGUGCAAGGAAACACCACGCUGUGGACAUUGUGCAGGUCAACACGAGCGGCAACGAUGCCCCCCAGGGAUCAGGGCUAGAUGCCUGGAUUGUAGCGGCGAACACCCAACUGGUGACCGACAGUGUGCUACACCCGCAACUUCCAACCCCCAUCAAU